AGGAAGUAGAUUUGGGAGGCGAAGAAGAAAUUUGAAUUAUUGGCAGACAAAUUCGGUCGAAGAGUACGUCGACAUUCUUUCUGAUACAAUUCAGUUAGUAGUUUUUAGCUUUCAAGCAACACAAUGGCCGAGGAAUCGGCUGUGAAAGUCUGUGUUCGAGUCCGUCCCUUUCUUGAGAGAGAAAAAAGUGAUUCAUCAGAAAAGACAAAGUCUGUAGAGGUCUUUUGGGAAGCUAAUGAGAACUCACUUCGUCAGCUUGACGAUGGGACCACAACAAAGAGUUUUGCUUUUGACAGAGUGUUCACCGCUGAAGAAACAACUAAUCAACUAUACCAGGAUAUCGCAAAGCCAUUGGUUGUAUCAACUGUUGAAGGAUACAAUGGUACCAUAUUUGCUUAUGGCCAAACUGCCUCUGGCAAGACAUUCACAAUGAUGGGGAGUGAUAAUAAUCCUGGAAUUAUACCGCUGGCCGUUGAUGAUGUCUUCCAAACCAUUAAAAAGUGUCCAAAGAAGGAGUUUCUUCUCAGGGUCUCUUACAUGGAAAUAUACAACGAAACUGUGACUGAUCUGCUUGUUGACAGUUAUAAAAGAAAACCUCUAGAAGUCAGAGAGGAUGUCAAUAAAAACAUAUCUGUGGCUGACCUUACUGAAGAGCUAGUAACCACCCCUGCACAAGCUCUGAAGUGGAUUCGUUUAGGAGAAAAAAACCGGCACUAUGGGAGUACGAAAAUGAACCACCGGAGCAGUCGUUCACACACAAUUUUUCGAAUGAUCCUAGAGAGUCGUGAAAGAAGUGACCUGGCAUCAGGUGAAAAUGCAGAUGGAGGCAUCAUUGUUUCCCAUUUGAAUUUAGUUGACCUGGCUGGAUCAGAGAGAGCAAGCCAAACGGGGGCUGAAGGUGCACGCUUUAAAGAAGGCUGCAUGAUAAAUCGCAGCCUUUUCACACUUGGGCAAGUUAUAAAGAAGCUAAGUGAAGAAAGCCAAAGAAGUUUCAUAAGCUACAGAGACAGUAAAUUAACACGGAUUCUUCAGAACUCCCUGGGUGGAAACGCUAAAACGGUCAUCAUGUGCACAAUCACUACUGCCUCACUCGAUGAGACACUCAGCACACUGCAGUUUGCCAGCGCUGCAAAGAAAAUGAAAAAUGAUCCACAUGUCACAGAAGUUUGUGACGAUGGUGCGCUGCUCAAAAGAUAUCGUAAUGAAAUUGUUGACCUCAAGAAACGGCUUCAGGAGGUUUCCUCCGUAACAGCAACAGAGAAAGAGGUGCUGGUUCAAGUUCUCCAGGAAAAAGAGCAACUUCAAUUAGAACAAGAGGACAGAAUAAAAAAUCUCACCAAGCUACUGGUCACUAGCAAUAACAUUACUAAUGUCCUACCGGUACCUAAACGCAGGGUUACAUGGGGAGGGAAAAUGCUGCGGCAUUCCCAUUCAUCUACUCCUGACAGUGAUGCCUCUAAUUGUAGCUUUUCCGUAUCUGUCUGUCAGAAGACGAAAACUCUUCAGUCCUGUGUGGGCAAGAUUUCUGAGGAAGGUGAAGAAUUUUAUUCUGACUGGACAUUUCCUGAUGAGCCAUUUGAUGACACAAACUCUUGUGAAGACUUUGUUACUCUGCCUAGCUGUGGAAACAGGUCUGCUGACAGGGUGACUGAACUGGAGCUACAACUUCAAACAGUAGACCAGCAGAAACAGCAAGCCGUGGAUCAAAUUCUGGCAAUGGAACAAAAGGCAGCAGAAAUUGACCUCAAACUCAAAAUGGAAACUGAUGAAAAGGAAUUAUUGGCUUCUGAGCGAGACUAUCUCAAGCAGCAGCUGGCUAUCAUCAAGUCACAUGCCAUGAGAGAAAAAGAGGAGGCCGCUGCUCUUUCACAAAAGCUGAAAGAAAAGAUGGAACAGGAUGAGUUUGUAUCUCUCGAGGAAAAGUUUGCAAAAGAACAUGAGAUUGAGUUGCAAAACGAAAUCAGCUCAUUGAAAAAUGCUUUGGAAUCCCAUGAACUUCAAUUGUUGGAACUUAAGAAAAAAUUGGAUAUGGUUUCCGAAGAGCUGAAGGAGAAAACCAAAAUUGCUGAUGAUCUUCAGAAUAUGUGUGGUAAGGACUUGGCCCAAGAAGUGGCAAACCUUCGUCGCUCUCUAGACGACGCGCAGGCUCUUGGCAGAGAGACAAAGAAAGAAUGGGCACUCCUACGCAGUGAAAAUACUGCCCUAGAAGAGUUAAAGAUGACCCUGACUGUAACUAAUGAAAAAAUGGAAGCAGAGGUCACCAGCCUACGUAGUCAACUCUCGAGUGAAAAAUCGAAUUUUAAGAAGAUGCAGAUGGAUCUCCAGAAAGAGCUCAAUGUUGUGUUUAAUGAGAAUACCAAAUUAGCUGCACUUUGCGAUGGCAAAGUCCCCAGAAAUAUCAUGGAUAGCGUGGAACUCGAGAGUGCAGUGACCAAGCUGAAAAAAGAGCUGGAGGCAUCUCAACAAGCAGAAAGACUCUUAAGAACUCAGCUAGAAGAACUCGAGUUAAUUCAGGCUCACCAAAAUGAAGGGCAUAACCCGGAAAAGCAGAUUUCUGCUGAAGAUUUGGAGAAGCUAGAGUUGGCCGUCAGAAAUGUUACAGCGGAGAGAGACCAGUUCCAGAUGGAUCUACAAGAAAAUAUAGACAUGAUGAUUGAGAAUCAGGAAGAGCUCCGGAACUCCCUUGGAGAAAUAGUUGCUCUGAAACAGCGUAUCAAAGAGUUGGAGGACAUGACUUUAGGGCUUGAAGAGAUUAAAACACAUGCAGCAGAGAAUGAAAGCCUUUUGCAGUCCCUCCAAUCCCAGCUUCAACAGCAAGUUCAGAGAAAUAAGGAUAUUGAAAGCACAGGUCAAGAGAACCAAGUACAGCUGCAAAAUCAGAUAAAGAUUUUGGCUAUGGAGCUUGAAAUUGCGAACGCCGAGAGAGAUGCCCUGUGUAACAAAGAAUCAGAACAUCAGACUUCCUUGGAAGAGACUCAGAAGUUGAUAAGCAGAAUUACAUCUCUAAGUGAAGAAAAAGAUGAGCUCCUUGAGACAUUGGAGGGCCUGAACCAGGAGAAGAGUCAUCUCAACGCACAACUGGAGGAUAGCAUUGAAACGACAAAUACUUUGGCAAUGGAGCUUGAAACUGUAAAAGCAGAGAGAGAUGGCCUGUGUAACAAAGAAGAGCCACAUCAGACUUCUUUGGAAGAGACUCAGAAAUUGAUGAGCCGAAUUAUAUCUCUCAGUAAAGAGAAAGAUGGGCUUCUUGAGACAUUGGAGGGAAUAAGCCAGGAGAAGAGUCAGCUCAACGCACAACUGGAGGAUAAAAUUGAGACGACAAAGACUUUGGCUAUGGAGCUUGAAACUGUGAAAGCAGAGAGAGAUGGUCUGUGUAACAAAAAAGCGGAGCAUCAGACUUCCUUAGAAGAGACUCAGAAGUUGAUGAGCAAAAUUACAUCUCUCAGUGAAGAAAAAGAUGAGCUGCUUGAGACAGUGGAGGGCCUGAAUAAGGAAAAGAGUCAGCUCAAUGCACAACUGGAGGAUCACAUUGAGACGAUAACGAUUUUGAGUAUGGAGCUUGAAACUCUGAAAGCAGAGAGCCUGUGUAACAAAGAAGUGGAACAUCAGACUUCCUUGGAAGAGACUCAGAAGUUGAUGAGCAAAAUUACAUCUCUCACUGAAGAGAAAGAUGAACUGAUGGAGAGAUUGGAGGGCCUGAAUCAGGAAAGGAGUCAGCUCAGCGCACAACUGGAGGAUCACAUUGACACGAUAAUGAUUUUGAGGAUGGAGCUUGAAACUCUGAAAGCAGAGAGCGAUGGCCUGUGUCACAAAGAAGCUGAACAACAGACUUCCUUGGAAGAGACACAGAAGUUGAUGAGCAAAAUUACAUCCCUCAGUGAAGAGAAAGAUGAGCAGCUUGAGACCGUGGAGGGCCUGAAUCAGGAGAAGAGUCAGCUCAACGCACAACUGGAGGAUCACAUUGAGACUAUAACGAUUUUGAGUAUGGAGCUUGAAACUCUGAAAGCAGAGAGCGAUGGCCUGUGUCACAAAGAAGCUGAACAACAGACUUCCUUGGAAGAGACUCAGAAGUUGAUGAGCAAAAUUACAUCUCUCAGUGAAGAGAAAGAUGAGCUGCUUGAGACUGUGGAGAGCCUGAAUCAGGAGAAGACUCAGCUCAACGCACAACUGGAGGAUAAAAUUGAGACGAUAACGAUUUUGAGUAUGGAGCUUGAAAGUCUGAAAGCAGCGAGAGAUGGCCUGUGUAACAAAGUAGCUGAACAACAGACUUCCUUGGAAGAGACUCAGAAGUUGAUGAGCAGGAUCAUAUCUCUCAGUGAAGAGAAAGAUGGGCUCCUUGAGACAUUGGAGGGCCUGAAUCAGGAGAAGAGUCAGCUCAAGGCACAACUGGAGGAUAACAUUGAGACGAGAAAGACUUUGGCAAUGGAGCUUGAAAAUGUGAAAGCAGAGAGAGAUUGCCUGUGUGACAAAGAAGCGGAACACCAGACUUCCUUGGAAGAGACUCAGAAGUUGAUGAGCAGAAUUCAAUCUCUCAGCGGUGAGAAAGAUGAGCUCCUUGAGACAGUGGAGGGCCUGAGCCAGGAGAAGAGUCAGCUCAACGUACAACUGGAGGAUAAAAUUGAGACGAUAUCGAUUUUGAUUAUGGAGCUUGAAACUCUGAAAGCAGAGAGAGAUGGCCUGUGUAACAAAGAAGCGGAACAUCAGACUUCCUUGGAAGAGACUCAGAAGUUGAUGAGCAGAAUUCAAUCUCUCAGCGGUGAGAAAGAUGAGCUCCUUGAGACAGUGGAGGGCCUGAGCCAGGAGAAGAGUCAGCUCAACGUACAACUGGAGGAUAAAAUUGAGACGAUUAAGAUUUUGGCUAUGGAACUUGAAACUGUGAAAGAGGAGAGAGAUGACCUUUGUAACAAAGAAGCAAAGCAUCAGACUUCCUUGGAAGAGGCUCAGAACUUGAUGAGCAGAAUUACAUCCCUCAGCCAACAGAAAGAUGAGCUCCUUGAGAAAGUGGAUGGCGUGAGCCAGGAAAAGAGUCAGCUCAAAGCACAACUGGAGGAUAACAUUGAGAAGACAAAGAUUUUGACUAUGGAGCUUGAAACUGUGAAAGCAGAGAGAGAUGGCCUGUUUAACAAAGCAGCAGAGCAUCAGACUUUCUUGGAAGAGACUCAGAAGUUGAUGAGCCAAAUUACAUCUCUCAGUGAAGAGAAAGAUGGGCUCCUUGAGACAGCGGAGGGCCUGAGCCAGGAGAAGUUCCUGCUCAACGCACAACUGGAGGAGACAAUGGAGAUGGUGAAGACUUUAACGGGAAAACUUGAGCAUGUUGAAAAUGAACAAAAUGUUCAAUUGUCCGAGAAGAGUUCCACUUUGGAAAAGCUGACUUGCAAAGUGAGCUCUCUCAGCGAGGAACGAAUUCAGUUGCAGAAUAAAAUGGAAGAACUCAUAAGUGAGAAAGAACAGCUCAAAUCAGAGCUACAGAGCAUGUUGCUCAUGGAAGCAAAGGAAACCAUCUCUGUAAUACAUGAAAAGCAUAGAAAUUGUGACCAGAAAAUGCCAGAUUCCAAAGUGGCAGCUUCAUCAAGGCUGCAAGACUCAUCUUUGGAACUUGAGGAGUUAUUUGAAAGAUUUCAGCAAUUUAUAGAUGCAUGCACCACGCCUGAUCCGAUAAUCAGAGACAAGAUCCUGACAAUGGAAUGCUUCCUGAACGAAUCUGAAACCUUUCCUCAUGCCAUAUUGAAAGCCCACAGCAUUGUCAUUGGGUUUGGACCCAAGAAUUUGAGGCCACUCUCUAAUAUUAUUGAUGUCCUUCUGGCUAGCGGAAAGACAUGCAAGAGGGCUUUUCAGCAGUUAGUGGAAAACGAUGUCACCAUGUUUGAGGAGGGGCGUUUGCAAGAUAUUUUCCGAGGCAGGUCACCGGCAACCAGCUGCUCUUUUCAAGAUCGGGAGUGUUGCUCAGGCGAGGGUCACAGACUGAGUGAGCUGGUAAAAAAAAGACAGCUGUAUGUGCAGAAAAUGAGCAACGUUUUGAAGAACCUCUGGGCAGGCUUGGAUUCUUACCACAAUGAACUUUCAGCUGAGGUCAGAGAAAGGGCGAGGUUCUCAAAGCUAGUGCAAGAAGAGUUGAAUAGGCUGCCGUUGGUUAUGAGUAGGCUGGAAAGCCUCUUUUGGGCUGAGAGUGAUUGCAGAUCUAAAGUUACACAAAGGAGAAAAGAUAUUUUCCAGGGCAUCCUUGAUGAGCGGAUUGCUCAGUGUCAGGAAUUGCAGCACUUGAAGGCACAGGCUGAGUGCCGACUGCAAGAAGAAAAAAGCAUGCAUUGCACUCUGCAACAGACUCUGGAGGAAACCCCAACAAGGUCACCACAGGCUUUGUUCGGCAACCAGCAACUUAUUCGACUCCGUCAAUCUGAGGAGGAAGUAAAAGUUUUGUGUCUAAAGAAUAAGCAACUGGAAGAGGCCCACCACAAAGCCAACAGCUGUGUGUCUGAAUACAAAAUGGCCACUCAACAACUUCAGAUAGAACUGCUGGCUAGCCAGGCACAAGUUGUAGAGCUCAAGAAUGCUACAAAGACUCUCAAGAGCCAGUUGCAAGAUUUGGAGAAACCUGAAGCUGCUGAGCUACAGAAAGUCCAAGCUCAACUGUUCAAGAUGGAACUGGAGUUGAGAGCUGCUUCUGAUGAACAUCGACAAGAGAUGGAGAGGAAGGACAUGGCUUUGCAUUUGAAGGAAGAGUCUAUCAGGAAACUGAAGGAAACCCUUAGGACGUUGCAGCAGCAAGGAGAGGAGUCAUUCCUGCAGGGUGAAGAACUUGCCGAUAGACUGCUAAACCCUCGAAGUUUGGGGAACAAAAGCAGUGUUGUGCAAAAUGAGUAUGUCAAACAGCUUCAAGUUAAAAUCGCCCAUCUUGAAAAUGUCAUUUCCACCCAGCAGGCUGACCUUAACAAAUGGAAAAACAGAGCUGUCAAGAUGAAGUACAAGAGUAAAGCGGAUGUUAAGCCUUCACCCCCAAGUACGCCCACCAAACGGGGACUUCCAGCGAGCAUCAGUGUCUUGCUUCAGUCACCACAGAAGCCCCAAAACAUCCUUGGCUCCCCCAAGAUGCGUUUCAAUACACCCCAAGUGCCCCUUAACUCUCCAAAAAGCAAGUUUUUUGAUGACGACGGGUAUGGAGAGUCCCUAGCAAGAACACGUCCGGCGCAUUUCUUCGAUAACUCUACUCUCGGAUUAACUGCAGAUGCCAAAUCAGACGAGAACUCCCAGAAGCCAAAUGAUUGCAUUACACAAUGAAGCUAAACAUAUGUAAAGCUGUCCUGUUCUCAUUUAAUGAUUUAAAUUUCAUUAAAGUGUUUUACAAGUUAUUGUUCAAGUUCAAUAAUUAUUUGUAGUGGAAACCAUUCCAUUGCUGUAGGAGUUAAAACAUAUAGCAGUUGU